AUGCGCACCCAUCCCCACGUACCCGCGCUGCUGCUGCACCCCCCAGAAGCACACGAGGGGCCUGUAGCAGAUCGCGCUGGAGUAGAAGGCGAAGAGACGACAAGGGUGAAGCCCAAGAGCGACCCCCCAAGUAACACCAAGCUGACCCCACCGUGCAACUACGCCGGCAAAGCAACCCCACCAAAAGGCACCAUCCAAACGACAACUGCUAAAAUGAAAAAGGACAAAACAAAAGAAGAACUAAAAGAAAAUUACGAAAAUUAUAUCAACUUCAAUGAAAAUGCGAAGAAAUGGUUUUACAGUAAAAUUGAAAAAAAUAAAAUGAUGCACAUACAAGAAAAAUACGACUCCUUCCUCAACUCAUAUGAAAACAAAAAGAAACAUGUCACAGAAAAAUAUAACGUAAAAAAAUACUUAACCAUAAUUCAUAAUUUGCUGCUUUUAUGCUUUAUCACAUUUGACAUUUUUUCUUUAUUCCUCAAACUGUGCGUAAAAAAUGUGAAGCACUUUUUAAACAACCCUUUCUUGUACAUAUACAAUACGAAAAUGGUAAUAGAAAAAAAUGUGUCGAACGGACUCAAGUUGAUCAAGGCAUAUAAGAACGUCCUGUGUGCCGCUGUAUCAUUUUUGUUACGAGAGAAGAAGAAAAUCGCCAAGGAAAUACAAAACGUCUUUGUCUUCCUCUUCCAACUUUUGAACUUUUACCUUUUUAAGUCUCUCGAGGCCACGUACCAGUAUUUCUACUUCAGGUACUGCGACAUUUUCAGGGCCACCAAGUUUUUUAAGGUCUUCACGUGA